CCCUUAUCUUCUUCAUGAGAAUCAUUUCCUCUCCACAAAACCAUGCCUUCUCUAAGCUCUCUUCUCACUUUUCCAACAAUCCCUCCAUAUAUGGGCUCAUGCUGAGAUCAUAUGGCCAAUAUGGUUCCUCUUGAUUCCUCACCCCUUAUAGGCGUUUUCAGCUACGGCGGUUGCAGCGGUGGCCGAGGCGGUUUCACGGAGGCAGAGAUGAUCAGAGAAGCAACAAUAAACAAUCAAGAUUCUAGUGGAGAAACAUGCUCCGUCUCCGAUCCAAUAGCAUACAUCUCCUCCCCUCAGGGCAACAAAGACAAUGGAUCCGCAUCAAAGAACGACGUUGUUUCUUGUAUUAACAUAGAAGAUAACAAAGAUAAAUCUUGGCUCCGCUUAGGUAUAGGCCCUGAGGAGAACACCAACAACACGGCGUCGUAUAAGCUCCAACGUUGUUGUAGCAAAAACGCACGUGGGAGAGAAAACUCGUUAGAGCUCAGUUUGUUCUCCUCAACCUCAACCGCGGCAGGAGCGUUUAGUAGUAGUGUAGAAGACCACCCGCAGUCGCAGCAACCGCAGCAGCCUCCAUAUUGUCAUGAUCAAUUGCUAACGAUGCCCGGAGCGUCGUUGGUUUACAAUCAUCAAUUAACUCGGCCACAAACGUUGAUCAACGCCGCGUUUUCGUUUCCAUCUUCAACGCCAUGGAUACCUCAAUAUACGGCGCCAUGUAGACCAUCAUCAUUAGGAAUGAUGAGUGAGCGUAACGUUAUUAACAAUAACAAUGUUACAAGGAGUUGUUGUAUGGAAGAGGGAGGAGCUGGACCAAGCUCGGAGUUUAGGGUUCUUGAUCCUCCAAGAAGACCACAUUCUGGUCUUUGGUUUCUUCUUCAAGCUUCACACUUUCAGGAAAAGGAACCGUUUUUGCCUCAAGUUAAUAAACGCUACUUGAGAAUCAAAGACGGGAAAAUCACAGUUAGAUUGCUAAUUAAGUACCUUAUGAUGAAGCUUCAACUGGAUAGUGAAUCUGAGGUAAAUAUCUAAACUCCCAAUUCUUUUAUAUAUGCUUUUUAAUCUUCUAAGUUUUGUCGAUAUGAAAUGAAAAUGACAGUAGAACUAAAUCCCCAACUUAUUAGGUCGCACGUCUGAUGUCAUGGUGUCGUAAUUGCCUUUUCUGUGCACCGACGUAAUUUUCAUAACUUUGUUCAAUAAAUGUGAGCUAGAAAUAUUCAAAUUAUAGUAACGUAGGUGAGUGAAACCAGUUUCUGAAUAUUGAGAGCUACAAAACAUCCUUAAUUUAGUGUUAAAACCUAAUAUAUACUCACGAAUAACCUAGGGUUCGGAUUUUAACCUCGAUUCCUUUGUUGAAUCAAUCAAUUUCAAUCUACAUAUUCAUAACUCUGGCUUAAUGAUUCCUAACAAGUUUUUUCCCCUCAAAAACACUCUCUAGUAAUAAUUUUGAUCACCCAAAAAUUAGUAUUUAUCUUCUUUAUAAAUAAAAUACUCUCGCCGUUUUAUAAAGUUACGUACAUAUUUUUGAGAGAAAAAAUUAUUUCAAAAAAAUCUUUUUUUUUGUAUUUUCAUGUUUUAUUAACUAAUUGCAAACUUUAAAAAAAUUGGAUUUAUUAGAUUUUUAUUGGCUUAAAAUUAUUGAAAAAAUAAAAUCACAAAAAAUUAUGCAAAUUUAAUGUGUUUUAUUAAAAUGUGUAAAAAAUCUAAAAUAUGUAAUAUUUUGAAACAUAAGUAAUAGUUGUUAGUUAGGUUUUUGAUUGAACGUUUAUCAAAAUACCCACCACCUUAACAAUAAUAAUUAACUUUAUAAUUGUUAUAAUAUGUACACGUAGGGGAAUGGAAAACGAGAGGGGAACUAUAACUGGCCCUUUCAGUUUUAGACUAUAAUAUAGUUAUAUUAAUAAUAAUUUAUGAUGAUAUUAUUUUUGGAAUAAAACAACUCUGAGUCAUCAGGCAUGCCUCUGCCUUGAGAAUAGUAGAAACCACAAAAGAACGGAUAUCUUAAUCCAACCUCAAAAGCUUAAUGCGUAUUUGCGUGCGUAGAUGCUCUGGUUAAUCAGAAUGUACAAUAAUCAAGUAUAUUGCAUGUUCCUAUGUUGUCUAGAUAUAGGCUCACAAAUAUAUGUUCAUGUGAUAAGAAGUCUUUUGCCAUACAAGAAUCAACUGCAUGCGUAGAUGUCUGUGUACAUUAGUACAUACACGGUGUAUUCAAUCUAUCAGGUUUAGAAAAGCGACCUUUUAGACAUUGAUUAGGUGGUGAUCAAACUUGUCGAUUUUGUUAAUUAUCCCGCAUAAUUAAUAGAUUAGCGUUUGCUUAUUAUUAUAUAUAAAAAAUUUUGUUCUAUAUAGCAAAAAGAAUGUAUAAUAAACGGCUAACAUUUUCUAGAACACUUGACGUAUAAACUAACGUCGAAACAUCCGUUUAAUGCUUAUGUUCUCGUUUUUUUUUAUUUGUUUUCUUUCGAGCUUGCAUGUCGUCGCAAGAAUAUAUUGAUAUUUGGUCCAAUUACUAAAACUUAGCGAAACCAUCACAAGGUGACAUAUAAAAUUCUUACUCAAAUAACCAUUUGAUCAUGAAAAACGUGAUUUGAAAGCAUUGAUGCAUGCAUGGCUAACUUUGUCUUUUCCAUCGAGCCAAAAGAAUUGUCUUUCCCACUCACAAGCAUUACAAAUCUUCACUAAUUUUAAUCUUUAUAAUUGAAUUUUUUUCCUAUUCAGUUAAUUAGUUGAUACUCCAUUUAAAUGUUAAAUCAAAGUCGAUUUCAAGCAUUUUAAAUUGUGAUUUAUUCUAAUCAAAGUGAUGAUAAUAAUUUGUAUUAAUUAAGAAAUAGUAACAUCUCUCUUCUGCCUUUUCAACACAUUCUCUUUGAUUACCGCAGAAUCUAUAUGGCAAUUGUAGGGUAAAUAGACGAUUACUUUCAGUUUCGUAAAAAUAGUUAAAAAAGUAUUACUUCCCACUACUUAAUUAUAUAUACACACACAUUUAAAUUCCCAUGCUUCAAAGAAGCGAUCAAAAACAUAAUUUUCUUUUUAACUUUUAAACUAGUUUUGCAAUAUGAAGAUGACCCAAUAGAAAUAUUGCUAUUAAAAGUUAUAGACAAGAUCAUCAGGCGAAUUUCUACAUAUUAUUUGAGAAGUUACAAAUAUUUGUAAGAAAUUACUGAAGAAAAAUUGCUUACGUUUGUUAAAAAAUCAAUUUCUGCUCACAUCACACAUCAUGAUAUCAAUAAUUUAACUCGUAUAUAAAGUCAAAAUCAAGAAAUCCAUCACAAUUAUGAUUUUAAAGUUUAAAAAAUAUUAAAUUUUAAAUAUACUACGCGUUUAAAGUUAAUGUUUUUUUUUUAAAGUUGUUAAUGUUCAUCAAAUUAGAGAAUAUUCGUUAAGCCGAUUGAUAAAUCUCCCUCUAGUAGAGUAGUAGUGAUACUGUUCAGUGUUCAUGACAUUUAAAUUAGAACUAGAUUUUGACCCGCGCUUAAAAGCGCGGGUUAUUUUUCAGUUGAUAAAAAUAUAUGAUAUGAAUUAGUAUUUUAGUUUUGUUAUACAUUAUUAUGUUACAAAAUUAUUAUUAUGUCAAAAAAAUUAUUAUUAUGUAAUUAUAUUUUUAAUCGUUUGAUUACUUUUUUCAAAAAAAAUUAUAUGGAUUGAUUAGACUCAGUGCGUCUGUUAUUUUAUAAUAAAUUAGUUUCAAUUAGAUGAGAACAAUACUUUUAUAUAAUAUUUAUAUUAAGUUUGGACCCGUCGUCGAACCAGUAAACACGAUGACUUGUACAUAAGCUGGUUUAGAUUUAAUGAAAACUCGUUAAUUUAAAGCAUGCAAACUUCGAAAAAACAUGCAAUCAAGUGUGACCCGGCAUUUGGUUUAUAUGGUAGGAAAAAAUCUAAUCUUCAAUAAUAUUUUAAGAGAUGAAUGAAACUUCUAAUAUAUUAAUGUAAUAAAAAAUAAUUUAACGUAAAUAUAUAUAAUUUUGUUUUACCAAAUGAUUUGCUAAAGUGUUUUUUUUUAUUAAAUUUGAUUUUGUAAAUAUUUAGAAUUAUAUAAUGUUAGAUGACAUGAUAUAAUAUGUUGUAUGAUAUAUGCUUUCAUUUUAAUAAUUGAUAUCUAAAUAUUAUAUAUCCAUCUUUGAGCAUAAUAUAUGAUGUAUAUAACGUUAUUGAAUAACAACAAUAACAUUGGAUGAUAAUAAGAAAAAUAAUUAGAGAAGUGUAUCAUACAAAAUGAGAAAUAAUAAUAGGAUUUAUUUAAAUUAUUUAUAGUUAUUGUAGUUAAUGGUAGGAUAAAAAAUAAAGAGUUUUAUAUAGAUGUUAUAAAUUUUUUUAUAAAUUUUUUUAAAAAUAUUUUCUUUUAAUAAUAUAAAUUUUCAAUCGCAUCUAUAAUAUAUUCUUAUCAAAAAUCAUUAUAACAAUAUAUUUAGAAUAUAUAUAUUUAGAAUAUGUUAUUAAACUAAAUUAGAGAAAUAUAAGGUAAUUGAUUAUUGCAUAGUUAGAGAAAUAUAAGGUAAUUGACUAUUGCAUGGUUAGAGAAAUAUAAGGUGAGACCAAAAAAAUAGUUAAGUUUAAUGAAAGGGUCCAACAACUUUUCAUUGGUAGAUUUUUUAAAACUCAUUCCCUUUUAAUAGUAUAGAUCAAUACCCUUUAUACUAUAGUAACAUAUUCACACAUAUAUAAACCAAUUUCACGACUGUAGGUUAACAACCGAAAAUUUAGAUGGCAGUCAUGUAUUUAUUGAGCAAAUGACAUAGAUAUCAUUACCUACCUUUUCUAUUCUUCGAGAGAUACCUUCUUCACCAGGAAGGCUAUAUAUUUAGGAAUCAAUAAUCUUUGGUUGAUCAGUUUUUUAAAAGUGGAAUUGUAGUAAACAAACCCUGUCGUCACGCUUAUGCUUUGCUAAGGUCAGCUAUUCUCGUCUAAUAGCAGAUAUCUAUGUUUUAUUUCGUAAUAGAAUUUUAAAGUGGGCUUAAAGUUACGUGCAAAAUGUCGCAUCAUAAUCACAAGUGGUGCACUUGCAUACGUUUUGAAAUAACUUGAUUGUCUCCUCACCAACCAAUCACGUUCCUAAAAUAGAACAUAAAACAACGUAUUUCAAUAACUAGAAGACUAGAUUUGAACGCUUGACAUUUCAACAGCAAAAUAGAACAAAACUUUAUCUGAUUACGUAAAGGAACACUUGCAUCUUUUUGGAUGAAUUAAACGUGCAUGAAAACGUGAUUUUGAGGUGAGAGUAUAACGCUAAAAUUCAUUUCUUGUUGAAUUAUUAUUCUUCCAAAAGUAAACAUAAUAUCCUCGAGUGUAAGAUGAAUCUAGUGUUGAUUUUUUUUUUUUUACGUUCACAUUAUGGGAAAAGUCAUGCUAGGCCCCCGUUAUGAUUAAAAGUGGCGGGCAGGUUUUACACCGUAGUGUCAGCCUCGGUUAGCCUUCCGGAACUGACCAGAUUUUGAUAGAGAUAAGAUGCAGAGGACAACAAUUAUCGCCGUUGUUGACGAUGCAGCAUGUAAGAGAUACAAUAUGGAGUCCAAAAUCAUCAUCCUCUCCGUCAUUCACCUCGCUUCGGGAUUCAUCAACUAGUGAUCAUGUCAUGGUUUUGCAUUAUG